AUGGCACGAUACCAAUACCAGCAUCUUCAGGAUGGUCGUAGUUUUAGACUGCUGAGUCUAUUGCCUGGCAACGAUCCAGCUGAUCCUAUUCGAUGUCAACUUCAGGUUCAUUCUCUGACGGAAGACGGUCAGAUUCCACAGUAUACUGCGCUCUCCUACGUCUGGGGCGACCCAAGUUUCGACAUUCAUGUCGAGUGUGACGGUGGUAUAUUGCCUGUUAAUAGGGGUUGCUUCCACGCUUUGCGUUCCCUUCGAGACUCAUUGCGUGACCUCCGUCAAUGUCCGGCCUUCACACCAUAUUUCUGGGUUGAUGCAAUCUGCAUUAAUCAAUCAGACAAGCGUGAAAAGAGUGCUCAGGUUAAGCUGAUGGGCGAUAUUUACCGUUCUGCUGAGACGGUUCUAUGCUUCAUCGGGGAUUCCUACUCUCAGGAAGAUCUGUACGUGUCUAAUCAUUUGGGGUCGAAAGCUGGAUUGAGGCAACAUUUACUUCGCCGGAAUCUUGGCGCUUCAGGAGGAUGGAAGGCUGACAGGGAUAUCUUAGGGGUUAACAACUUACGAGAGUCUGCGGUACGCAAACUCUUCGAAUCACAGUAUUGGACGAGAUUGUGGACGUUCCAGGAAGCGCUACUUUCUCACCGGAAGAUCGUAUUCUCAGGUACGGAUAUAAUAGAAUGGGAAUCUGUCGGCACUUUACUUCAACAAGCUGCUGUGGUGAAGCGCGAAGGGAUCGACCACUUGCUACCGAAAGCAAUUCAUUUUCACUCUCUUACGACAACUAGUCCUAUGCUCCGCCUGCUUCUUGACGGAAACAACGCGAAUAUUACCAGAAGUCUCAACAAAACUUAUACGCAAAGCCUGUCGUUAGAGAUAUCCCGGAUAUUGUCCUUCUCUUCUGAACUCAAGACUUCCGACCCCCGAGACAAAAUCUACGCUUUAGCAGGAGUUAUGGCAGCAUUGGAGGUCGACCUAGAGAUUGAUUACUAUAGGCCCAUGGCAUUAAUAUAUAAGGACAGUAUCAACGCCUUUUCUAUGAAGACGUGGUCGUUCGAAAAAUGGACAACCGAAUCCGAGGAUGUUCCGUUCACGCUUUUGGACCUGAGGAUUAGCAACACUUUUCAUCAGCUACACUCACUACCGGUCAGAAGCAAGGAGAGUACACUUAUGAGCCAUUUUAUCAAGCCAAAACCCAUACGAACCGCGCAGUAUUUACGUUGCGAUGAAGGCGUAAUAGGAGCACCUAUAAAUAAAGCGUUAGAAAAUACGGUUCAAAGCAGAGUAGUUCACUCAUUCAGGGAAGAAGAAGUCAGUUUCUCCGAGAACGACAAUGAAGCCGAUUCAGAAACUUCACCUUCAUCUCCCGAACCUGUUGAAUUGAGUUACCUUUCACUUGCCCAUUCACUCGCCCGUUCAUUCUCUAUGCGCAAGAGGGAUUGGCUCAUCUCAAGAGUUACUAUCCAGUUAGGGCCUAUACUGACCCAAUGUACUGGAAACGGCGGAAGUGGUAGAUACCAAGAAGUUGCAUCUCGCUCAAGCAGCCAUGUUAAUCACCAGGAUAUCUCCCCUGCAGCUCUGCGUCACAAGAAUCGAAGAAGACGGAGAGAUCGGGAUGAGCAUAGCGAUGAUGAAGGUAAUCAGGAGCACCCAAGGAAGAAGAGUAAGGGAAAUGACGUGGAUGAUAUCAAGAAGCUUCUGGCAUGCCCAUUCCACCAAAGGGAUCCUCAUAAGCUUUCAAUUAACCGCUCAUGUAAUGGCCCGGGUUGGGCUUCAAUCGCUAGAUUAAAGGAACAUCUGUACCGAGUUCAUUUUGUACAUCGUUGUCGGAGAUGCAAGUCAAGAUUCGACACGGCCGCUAGGCUGGAUAGUCAUUAUGAAGAUUUAGCCCCAUGCACCGUAUCAUCAACCCCCCCUGAUCCAAUGGAAGGCUUCAACGAACAUCAACGGGAAAGCCUCAAGUGUAGACGCGUACAGGAUUGGAAGAAGAUUUACCAGAUUUUAUUCCCGGACGAUGAUGAAAGGACCAUACCAUCACAACACUACGCAAGUGUCAUCACCAUCGCUGAUAUCCUUGAUCAAUUUGAUCGCGCCUACCAGCAAGAAGUCGAGCGACAACUCCCGGGACGUGUAAGAUCCGUUCUGGAUGGUCUGUCGUCUAGGCCAAAUUCGUCUGCUCAAGAUGAAAUCUUACUUAUGGUCAAUGACAUAAAUAACACAGUAAUAAACUCGUUCAGGCAGCGUAUGGUAGGCGUCGUGUUAGAUAACUCUAACCUGGCUCCCCAAGAGCAGACAGAGGUAACGACAUCAAGAGUCGAGCCUAGUUUAGACAACCCAGCAAGUUUCUUCCUUGAGUACUUGAACAAUAUUGACUACGGAGACAACAUGCCCCACCACCUGGACAAUGAGGCAGAGUUCGACAUUAAUAGUCUUCAGAAUUCUACAGCUUAUGUGUAUCCUGAUGAACAAGACUACGGAGUUAACUUACUACAAACUGGAGAUUUUCAUGAGGCCUACGACGAGAGACCAAAUAACCCCGCCAUCAUCCGAAAUGGAAAUUCGAAUAAUACAAGAGUAUACCGAUCGUCAAAUCAGGCCGGCAAUCAUGAUGGCGAUUCGACUGAUGAAUGGACGGUGAUUGAAACCCCUCCGGAGGGAAGUCCGUAAAGAAACAUGUUUGUGAAGAUAGGGGCACGGCGGAGGGCACAGUACCCACAGG